AUGUCGAAUGAUUCAGAUAAUAAUAACGAAGUUGAUUUGUCCAUAGUUGAUACAUUGCCUCCGCAGAAAUCAACGAAGGGAGACGAUGAUGAAAAUGAAAUUGACUUAAAAAAAUCGAAAAAAAAGAAGGAAACGAAAGAAAAAGCUGAAACCAUUCCGUUUUCCAAGAUUUUCCAAUUCGCUUCCCCUUUGGAUAUCUUAUAUAUGGUCGUCGGUAGUCUCUGUGCAAUGGCUUCUGGCUCAGCACUUCCUGUUAUGACUAUUAUAUUUUCUGAUUUUAUUCUAGCAUUCUAUGAAUUCGAAUAUGUUAAGGAUAGUAAUAUCGGCGAUCUUGGAAUUGCCCGAAAUAAACUCGAUGAAGACGUUAGAAAAAAUGUAUUUAAAUUCUUAAUUUUAGGUGGUGCCACUUGUAUUGUUUGUUAUUUUCAAAUGUCAUUAUGGAUGAUAGCUGGUGAAAGACAAGCUGCGCGUAUUCGUAGGUUAUAUUAUUCAUCAAUUCUUCGUCAAGACAUCGCCUUCUUUGACUCUAUUUCGACGGGUGACGUCACUACGCGUAUUUCUGGCGACAUAAAUGCAUAUCAAGAAGGUAUUUCCGAAAAAAUUGGAUUUAUUAUACAACUUACCGUCACUUUCUUUGCCGGAUUUAUUAUUGCUUUCACGAAAGGAUGGAAACUUUCUCUUGUUCUUUGUUCUGUGAUUCCUUUAUUGGUUGGAUCGGGUGGAAUAAUGGCAAAAGCGAUCGCAAGUGAUAGUUCAGAAGGACAAGAUGCAUAUGCUUCUGCGGGAGGUGUGGCUGAACAAGUUUUAUCGGGUAUAAGAACAGUUGUUGCUUUUGGUGGACAAAAACGUGAACGUAAACGUUACGAAAAAGAAUUGGAAGUUGCUUAUAAAUCUGGUAGAAGAAAAGCAUUCAUUAGUGGAAUAGGUCUUGGAAGUAUGAUGUUAAUUAUGUUUGGUAGUUAUGGUUUGGCUUUCUGGUAUGGAGGUGUUUUGAUUGUCAAUCGUGAAAUGAAUGGUGCUGAAGUAUUGAACGUGUUCUUUGCUAUUCUUAUUGGAUCAUUUUCCAUUGGUAACGCUGCUCCACAUUUCACUUCGGUUGGAAAUGCUUCGGGCGCAGCCGCAAAGUUAUUCGGUGUUAUACGUCGUGUUCCCGCAAUUGAUUCUAGUGAUGAGAAGGGUAUAAAAUUAACCAGAUCAAAACUUCAAGGCAAAAUUGAAUUUAAGAAUGUUGACUUCCAUUAUCCUACUCGACCUGAAGUUCCAAUUUUAAAGAAUUUUAGUUUGGUUAUUGAACCAGGUGAAAUUGUAGCUUUAGUAGGUGCAUCAGGAAGUGGGAAAUCAACUAUUGUAAAUUUAUUAGAAAGAUUUUAUGAUCCAGUUAAUGGAAGUAUAACACUUGAUGGUGUAGAUAUUAAAGAUAUUAAUGUAAAGUCAUUAAGAUCACAAAUUGGUCUCGUGGGUCAAGAACCAGUUCUCUUUCCUGAAAGUAUUAAACAAAAUAUAAUCUGGGGUGCUGAUCUGUCACAAAAAGAACCAAGUAUGGAUGAUAUCAUUGAAGCCUGUAAGAAAGCAAAUGCUGUUGAUUUUAUUGAAGAUUUACCUAAGAAAUAUGAUACAUUAGUUGGUGAGAAAGGUGCUUUACUCUCUGGUGGACAAAAGCAAAGAAUUGCUAUUGCUCGCGCAUUAAUUAAAGAUCCACCAAUUUUAUUGCUGGAUGAAGCAACCUCAGCUCUUGACACUGAAUCAGAACGUCUUGUUCAAGGAGCAUUGGAUAAUGCGGCAACUAAUCGUACAUCAAUUGUAAUCGCUCAUCGAUUAUCAACCAUCAAGAAUGCAGAUAAAAUCGUUGUAAUGUCCGAUGGAGAAAUUAAAGAAAUUGGACGUCAUGAAGAAUUAAUCAAUAAAAAAUCCGUAUAUCAUGGUUUGGUCAAAGCUCAAGAACUAAAAACAAAAAAAAUGUCAACUGAUAAUGAAAAUGAUGAUGAGGAAGAAGAUUCUAGUAUUAGUAGUACCCCGGAUAAUGAUACGACAAUUUUAAUUGAUGAAAAGAAACAUAAAUUGCAACGUAUAUCAACUAAAGCUUCCACAGUCAAAACUACAAAAACAGAUGAAGAAAUCCAGGAAGAGGAAAAAGAAAAAUUAAAAGAAAAGAUGCCAUUGUUAAGAAUCGCUAAAUUAUGUAAACCAGAAUUUGGAAUGUUAUUUCUUGGAGUAUUUGGAGCGGCUGUUAAUGGUUCUAUGCCCCUCUUUUCAUUGGUUUUUGCUUCAAUUUUGGAAGCGUUUGCAGAAACGGAUAUGGUUCAGUUAAAAAAAGAAGCAAAUUUUUGGGCUUCAGGUUUUGCACUCCUUGCUGUUGUUUCUUUCCUUGCAAAUUUAUUUCAAUUAUCGAUGUUCAUGUGGGCAGGAGAACGCCUUACAAAACGUCUUCGAAUUUUAACAUUUGAGGCAUUUUUAAGACAAGAGAUAGGAUAUUUUGAUGAUUCUAAGAAUGGGACCGGUGUUUUAACCUCUAAAUUAGCAGUUGAUGCAACCAGGGUUGAAGGACUUGCCGGUUCUUUAAUGGGAGCAGUUAUUCAAAAUGUUACAAAUGUAGCUGUUGGAUUUGGUCUUGCUUUUGGAUUUGGAUGGAAACUUACAUUAGUCAUUCUUUCUGCUGCACCUGUUGUCGCAAUUGCUGGAUUUUUGGAAAUGAAAUCUUUAGCAGGUUUUAGUUUAAAGACACGAAAAGCAUAUGAAGGAACUGGUCAAAUCGUUCAACAAAGUGUAUCUAAUAUGCGUACAAUUGCUUCAUUGAAUCUCGAAAAUACAUUUAAAAAUAUGUAUUUUGAAGCUAUCAAGGAACCUCACAGAAUAGCCAUCAAAGGGAGUUUAUUAUCAUCAAUUGGAUUUGGAAUAUCGCAAGGUUUCUUAUACUUUAUCUGGUCACUUGCAUUUUGGUACGGAGCUCAAUUGGUAAAGACUGGUGAAUAUACACUUGAACGAAUGUUUCGUGUCUUAUUCGCUGUUAUAUUUUGUGCGAUGGCUCUUGGUCAAAUGAGUACAUUUGCACCCAACACAGCGAAAGCCAAAAUAGCCGCACUUUCAAUUUUUGAAGCUAUUGAUCGUAAAUCCAAAAUCGAUCCUUCAGAUACUGAAGGGAAAGAUCGCCCAGCACCAGUAACUGGAGAAUCAGAUUUCCGUGAAGUACAAUUUAAUUAUCCAGCUAGACCUGAAGUUCAAAUUCUUCGUGGAUUAAAUUUGAAAGUAUUGGCAGGAAAAAAAAUUGCAUUGGUUGGAUCAUCAGGAUCAGGAAAAUCAACCGUUAUAUCAUUAUUGUUAAGAUUUUAUGAUAUAAAUUCAGGUGAAAUUGAUGUCGAAAGAGUAGAAAUACGUAACUGGAAUCUUGAAUAUUUAAGGUCAAAUAUGGCACUUGUAGCACAAGAGCCAUUAUUAUUUGAUGUGACAAUUGGAGAAAAUAUUGCAUAUGGGAAAGAAGGAUGCUCACAAGAAGAAAUUGAGGAAGCAGCAAAAGGUGCUAAUAUUCAUAACUUUAUAGUUAGUUUACCUAAUGGAUAUAAUACUAGAGUCGGUGAAAAAGGAGCUCAAUUAAGUGGAGGUCAAAAACAGAGAAUUGCCAUUGCGAGAGCAAUAAUUCGAUCACCCAAAUUAUUAUUACUUGAUGAAGCAACAUCAGCAUUAGAUUCCGAAUCCGAAAAGAUUGUUCAAGUAGCUUUAGAUAAAAUAAGUCAAGGAAGAACAACAUUAACUAUCGCACAUAGAUUAUCCACUAUUCAAGAUGCAGAUUUAAUUUUAGUGUGUAAGAAAGGCAAGAUUAUUGAAAGUGGUAAACAUAUGGAAUUAAUUAAUAAUCAAGGAUUAUAUUAUGAAUUGGUGAAUAAGCAAACUCUGUUGAAGAAAAAAGCAUAA